AUGCCAUGUCUACCGGGGACUGCCAGAUAUGACAGCCCACUGGAGCAGCAUGCUGCCAUGGUGCGUGCAAAUGCAGAAGCCAGCCCAGCGUCAGUCUUCCGCUGCUUGGCAAGCUUUCCGAUGUAUACCAUUCCUCUUCCGGUGCUCCUUGAGAUGGCUGUAACGCGAGUCCAGGCGCAUGAAGAGUUGCUCGAGGCUGGCAUUCUUGUUGACUUCGACGAAAGCAUGGGAAGAGCGAUCUUCGUGUCACACCAAUGGCUCAGCCCUCAUCAUCCAGAUCCAGAUGGCCAGCAACUCAAGGUGUUGCAGGAUGCCCUUAGCAAUCUGCUUGAAGACCGGAGUCGAAUCUCCAAUUCUAUUCUUUCGGAGCUCUGGUACGGCCAAGCUGGCACCCCGUCGGCCGCAGAGCUGCGAUCAACGCCAUUAUUCCUAUGGUAUGACUUCUUCAGCUGCCCUCAAAGAUCAGCAAACGAGCAGCUGAGUGCCAUCAAUAGCAUUCCUAGCUAUGUCGCAAGGUGCUUGUAUUUCAUCAUUCUUUGUCCUGCUCUGACACAUGCGUCCCGCUCGGAAAUGUUAAGUUUCUCGACGUGGUCUCAGAGAGGAUGGUGUAGGGCAGAGCGCAUGGCACGUGAGCUCGCGCCAACAUCUGGCUUUGUGAUCGUUGUGGACAGUGCAGUGCACCAGACAUUGCUGCCUGGAGCACAAUCUUUGGCCUAUUCGCCCGGGGAAGGCCUUUUUACCGUGAGGGAGGAUAGCCAGAAAGUGGCCAGCAUCGUGGUUCAAUUAAUUUGGAACAAGCUCCACUUCUGCUUAAAGAAGGGCGACUUGCGCACUUAUAGGUUCAUCCUGAACCAACAGGUGACGCGGCUACGACAUUUGAACAUAGAUCCUGUUGACCUUGCAAUACCUGGUUUCAGUCCACGCCAUGACCCACUUGUCGACCCGGAAGCGUUCGGACUCGCACGGUUCUUGCACCAGAACGGCUUUAAGUCAGUCAAGCAGGUAGAUGAAGCUGGUUGGUCUCCACUUUGCUAUGCUGUUUUGCAGGGCAAUUCCGCUGUGGUUUCAGAGCUGCUGCGAUGCAGGGCCGAUCCCAAUGACUACACUCGCAGAAGCACCCCGGAAGCGCAGUUCCCCAAGAAAGUUGCCGCUCUUGCCCUCAGCGCCUUCUUCAAGAGCAAUGAUGUCAUGUUGGUUCUUUUGGAGGCUAGGGCUGCAAUCAAUGCGACUGAUGGUCGAAGACAGACUGCUCUCUAUUGGGCCUGCUUCUCCAACAAUGCCGAAGGAGUACGCAUUCUUGUGAACGCAAGGGCCGAUGCCGGAGUUUUGGGCAUCACAGGAACCAGUGCUUUUCAGGCCGCCUGUGCGUCUGAUGGGCUCGAGGCUAUUGACGAAAUGUUGGUUCAGUUACCCGCGCAGAGCUUGGAGUAUAGCCUGCACUUUGCGUGUGCGCUCGGCAGUGGCUCCGGCCGCUUGGUACAGACACUGGCCCAGGCCAGAGCGGACAUCAACGAAAGGCUCAAUAUGAAGCAGAGAAGGUAUUUCCUUGUGUGGAUCUUGUGCAAGGUCGCAAGCUUGGCAUACGGAGUUGGGGCUUCCACCAGGUGGAAGGAAAUGGCCUUCCAUCAUCAUGGAGCUACCCCUCUGAUGUUCAGUGUAAUCGGCGGUGCCUUUGAAGCCACGCAGGCUCUUCUUGCCUUAGGGGCACGGCGUGACUUGAAGAACUUUCGCGGGAAGACUGCCUUGGACAUGGCAAGGGAUCUGUGCGCUCCGCCUGAGAUGAUUGCAAAGUUGGAUCCUGCUGAGGAGUGCCAUGCUUGCCCGACAAGGGGAGUGGCAGGCCAGGCAUGGCGUGCGAUCGAAGAGGAAUCCAAAGAUGAGAUGAUAUCCGUGUAUGUGAGUUGA